CUUUGAAUUACCUUGUUGUUAAAUUGUGCUAUACAAAUAAACUUGCCUUGCCUUGGUUGUUCUUUAUCUAAAUCAAGUUGUAAUAUUAGGCUGUAUAAAUAAAAGUAACUCAAUACUUUUCAAUCCUAGACAAAAAUGUAUCUGUUGGCCACUGACAUGAAGAUUUCUUUUAGAUCUACGCUAUAAAUUAUAUUUUCUACCUUUUAGUGUUUUUUGUCUUCUUUGUCUUUUUUAAUGGUUUUUUUGAGUCUGUGUAUGAAACGUGUCCGUUUUGUAUUAAAAUGUGGAUCUGAUGGAAGGUCUCUGAAGAUCACUAAUGAGGAAGCUUCUGAAGGUUCAUUCUGACUUUGUUUCUUCCUCCAGGUUGGAACACGGUGGUGAGCAGAGACUGAAACCUGGUCUUAGGAAGUAUUUAUGUGAACUCACACUGGACACAAACACAGUACACAGAUACCUCAAACUGUCUGGUAACAACAGUAAGGUGACAGUAGUGACAAAGGAGCAGCCAUAUCCUGAUCAUCCACAGAGGUUUGACUACUGGCCUCAGCUGCUGUGUAGAAAUGGUCUGACUGGUCGCUGUUAUUGGGAGGUCGAGUGGAGCGGAGAGGUUGAUAUAUCAGUGACUUACAAAGGAAUCAGAAGGAGAGGAAACAGUGAUGACUGCAGGUUUGGACAGAAUAAGCAGUCCUGGAGUCUGAGGUGCUCAGAUGUUGAUGGUCUCACAAAGAGAAAAACGGGCUCCUCCUCCUCCUUCUCCUUCUGCACCUCCUCCUCUAACAGAGUAGCAGUGUAUGUGGACUGUCCUGCUGGCACUCUGUCCUUCUACCGAGUCUCCUCUGACACAUUGAUCCACCUCCACACCUUCAACACCACAUUCACUGAACCUCUUUAUCCUGGAUUUGGACUAGAGUUGUGUGGUUCCUCAGUGUCUUUGUGUUCACUGUAGAAGGGAGAGUCUCCUACACUACUGACUAAGACAUACGUUUUUGUUAUGGGUCCUUUUAUUAAAGUUUUAUGGGGCAAAUUUUAGAUUUAGUGAACUUUUUCGUCAUAUAAAUAAUUAUGUAUAAAUAAUAAAAUCAAGUUACACACACACACACAGGCAUAUAAAUAAUCAAACAUAUGUAGUUGUUUGAUAAUUUAGAGAUUGUUGAUUUGUCAUUGAUCAUUGGAAUAAUAAUAAUAACAUAUUUAUAUAGCGCCUUUCAUGAGGCCCAAGGACGCUUUACACAUAAUUGAAGUUUGAAUAUGUCUACUUUGAAUUAUUUCCACAGUAAAAAAAAAUCUGUACAUUAAUGUAUAUGGAAGUAUGAAUGGUUCUGACAUUUAGUUCUAUCAAAAGAUGGACAGAUAUUUAAUCAAAAUUAAAAUGCUGAUUUUUAUGGGUUUUGUC